AUGGACGGGGCCCAGCUGCGUGAUGAGGCUGCGCAGGAUCGCCUGCGAGCUGCCAGCGAAUUUCUCGACCCGAACGAUGCCCGAGCCCGCAGCUACCGUGCGGAUAUUGUGGUGAUGCUGAAUCGAGGAUUACGGCGUCUGACAGUUAGCAUCGAUGAGAUCCGAGCGCACAACCGUGAGCUUGCAGAUGGGCUCCUCACGUCACCGUUCGAGUAUUCGCAGGCGUUCGACCAAGCACUGAAGGAUGUGAUCAAGAAUUUGCCCAACCAACUACCCAAACAGUCUUUGGAUGAAGUGAGCUACUAUUGCGCCUAUAUCGGAGCUUUCGGAGAGUUUUCUUGCAAUCCGCGAACUCUGGGAUCGCAGCACUUGAAUCGUAUGGUGUCGCUCGAGGGCAUUGUGACCAAGUGUUCCUUGGUCCGACCAAAGGUGAUCCAAAGUGUUCACUACAGCGAAAGGAAGGACCGUUUUCUUGCGCGGAAGUAUCGUGACCAGACCAUGACCGCGAGCGGUGCAACAAGCUUGAACGUCUACCCCCAAGAAGAUGACGAGAAGAACCCGCUCAUCACCGAGUACGGUUACUCGACAUACAUGGACCACCAGACUAUCUCCAUCCAAGAAAUGCCCGAACGAGCCCCGGCAGGUCAGUUGCCUCGAAGUGUCGAUGUCAUCCUAGACGAUGACCUCGUCGACAAGGCCAAGCCCGGUGACAGAAUCCAGUUGGUCGGCACUUACCGUACCCUCGGAAACCGAAAUGCAAGCUCCGGGUCGUCGACCUUCCGCACGAUUGUGAUGGCCAACAACAUUAUUCAGCUGUCUUCAAAGAGCGGUGGAGGGAUUGCCCAAGCAAACAUCACGGAUACGGACAUUCGGAAUAUCAACAAGAUUUCCAAGAAGAAGAAUGUCUUCCAGCUGCUUUCUCACUCACUAGCACCCAGUAUCCACGGGCACGACUACAUUAAGAAGGCCAUUCUGCUCAUGUUGCUCGGUGGAAUGGAAAAGAAUUUGGACAACGGCACUCAUCUUCGUGGUGAUAUCAACAUUCUCAUGGUUGGUGAUCCUUCGACCGCGAAAUCUCAGCUCCUCCGGUUCGUGCUGAACACCGCGCCGCUGGCAAUUGCCACGACUGGUCGAGGCUCCUCGGGCGUCGGUCUAACGGCCGCUGUCACAUCUGAUAAGGAAACCGGCGAGCGGCGGCUAGAGGCUGGUGCCAUGGUACUCGGUGAUCGUGGCGUGGUGUGCAUUGAUGAAUUCGACAAGAUGAGUGAUGUAGAUCGUGUGGCGAUUCACGAAGUUAUGGAGCAGCAGACCGUCACGAUUGCUAAAGCCGGUAUCCACACGAGCUUGAACGCGCGAUGCAGUGUCCUGGCUGCCGCCAACCCGAUUUACGGGCAGUACGAUCCGCACAAGGACCCGCACAAAAAUAUCGCACUUCCUGACUCUCUUCUGUCACGUUUCGAUUUGCUUUUCGUCGUCACAGAUGACAUUGAAGACUCCAAGGAUCGGACUGUGUCGGAGCACGUCUUGCGCAUGCACCGGUACCGCCAACCCGGCACCGAGGAGGGUGCACCGGUCCGAGAGCAAUUGAACCAGACCCUAGGUGUAGGGAUCGAAGAGCGCAAAGAUGCCAAUGCGCCGACGGAAGUGUUCGAGAAAUUCAAUGUUAUGCUUCACGGCGGCAUGGUCAACACGGGCCGCAACCGCGGGAAGAACGUGGAAAUCAUCAGUAUCCCGUUCAUCAAGAAGUACAUACAAUAUGCCAAGUCGCGUGUCAAGCCGAUCCUCACGAAGGGUGCUGCCGACCACAUUAUUGCCACCUAUUCCGCUCUGCGCAACGACGAGCUCUCCCGUAACCAGCGCCGCACUUCACCCAUCACCCCGCGUACUCUCGAGACACUCAUUCGAUUGUCUACCGCCCAUGCCAAAUCACGCCUGUCCAACCGCGUCGAUGAAAAGGACGCCAAAAGUGCCGAGGCCAUCCUGCGCUUUGCCAUGUUCAAGGAAGUCCUCGAGGACGAGCGCCGCAAGAGGCGCAAGGUGACUGCCUUCGACGAAGACUCAGACGACGAGAGCGAGCCCGACCUUGACGAUGACGAUGAUGACGACACGCCCUUCCGAGGUUCGACGACGGCCACGUCAACGCGGACUCGCGGCCCUGCGGCCACGCGAUCGAGCGCUCAGGUCCCCGACGACGGCUCCGAGGACCCUAACAGUCUGUAUACCCUCAGCCCGCGCGGCCAGCGCAUGCGCUCCUCACAGACGCGCACCCAGACGCAGACCGAAUCACAGAUAUCUGUGGCAUCCUCGCAGCCCGCCUCGCAGCUUGUCCAGUCCCAGACUGAAAACUCGCAAUCCACUGCUGCAUCGGACCACCCAAUCACUCCGGAGCGCAUGGCCGUCUUCCGCCAGACACUGGGUCCCCUGAUGGGCACCCGCGUGUUUACCGAUGGUGACAUGACCAACGUCAACGACUUGAUCGAGGCUGUGAACACGGCUGUUCGUGCCGCACCAACACUCGGCGCUGCACAUGUGUUCGCGCUCCCCGAAGCCAUCCAGGCCCUGCGGCUGAUGAACGAGGAGAACCUGCUGAUGUUCCUGGAGGACGAUGACAAUGUGUACCGGAUCUAA